AUGGAUACACUACUAAGACAUGGGAGGAAGACAGAGAUUGAACACGAAAUCGUUCAUGAAUUAUCUCAAAUGUUGGAUCAGCAUAAUAAUUUGGUCAAAUCCUUUAGAAUGGCAAGGGAUAGAUUCAAAGCAAAACCAGAAUCUACGUUUCGUUUAUGCCUCCUAAGUAGCAGGACAACAGAUGGUCGUCAAUACAAUAUGCCGACAUCAUCUGAAGUAGCAGGCUUAAUAGUUGGUGAUUUUAGUGAAGCGGACUUCGAACGUGACGUUAUUGUGGAGCACCGAACUAAAGGAAUUCAGAGAAUCACAUAUUUGCAUCCAAGUUUCAUGUCUAUGACGUACCCAUUAAUACACCCUUAUGGUGAAGAUGGAUAUAGACUUGGCAUACCUUUGAGAGACGUAACUGAAAGCUCUUUUAAAAGGCAAAAGUUGACAAUGAGGCAACAUUAUUGCUUUAGGUUGCAGCAAAGAUUAAAUGAGGGUCAUACUCUUCUUCGAUCUGGUAGACUACUGCAACAAUAUAUAGUUGAUUCUUACAUGGCAAUUGAAGAAGAAAGAUUUCGUUGGAUACGAAAUAACCAAAAAAAACUCAGAUCAGACCUUUUUUCUGGUUUAAUGGACGCUAUUCAUCGUGGUGAUUCAGAUUGCUCAAAAGUGGGGAAAUCAAUUAUUUUGCCUUCGUCACACACUGGGGGACCACGAUAUAGAGUACAAAAUUAUCAAGAUUCUAUGGCAAUUUGUAUAUACACAAUUGAGUUCCAAAAAAGAGGACUGCCUCAUGCAAACAUACUACUUUUCUUGCAUUCGACAUUGAAAAAUCCUUCAGCAGACCAUAUUGAUAAUAUAAUAAGCGCGGAAAUCCCGGACUUAAAUGUUGAUCCUGAUGGUUAUAAUGCCGUCAAUAAAUUUAUGAUUCAUGGACCUUGUGGAAAACUUAAUUCAAACUCUCCAUGUAUGAUGCAAGAUAGGUGCACAAAACAUUUUCCAAAAAAAUUCAAUGAUCAAACCACCAUCGACACAGAUGGCUUUCCAAUCUACAAAAGGAGAAAUACAGGUAUUCAUGUCGAAAAGAAAGGUGUCCUUUUAGAUAAUCGAUAUGUAGUCCCUUAUCACAGGAAUUUGGUUGUCAAAUUUGAUGCACAUAUUAAUGUCGAGGUUUGCAAUUACUCUAGAUCAGUCAAAUACCUUUUCAAAUAUGUUCAUAAAGGGUCUGACAGAACUACUGCAACAAUGGAAUCUAUUGACACUGCCAAAGAAAUAGAUGAGAUAAAAACAUAUUUGGAUUGCAGAUAUAUCUCAGCAACUGAAGCUUGCUGGAGAAUAUUCCAAUUUGACAUACAUUACAGACAGCCAGCAGUUGAAAGAUUACCAUUCCAUUUACCUGGAGAGCACACAGUAAUAUUCGAAGAAAACAAAUGUGUUGAAAAUGUUGUUUGCAUGCCUGGAAUAGAAAAAACAAAGUUCACUCAAUGGUUGGAGGCAAACAAGAAUUAUGAUGAUGCACGGGAGCUAACUUAUUCGGAUUUCCCUAUAAGUUCGGUUUGGAAUUCAAAGGAGAAAACAUGGACUAGGAGAAAAAAUGGAUUGGCAAUUGGAAGAAUUUACUUCGCGCAUCCUUCGACUGGAGAACGCUUCUAUUUGAGAAUGUUGUUAAAUUUUGUCAAAGGGAGCACUUCUUAUGAAAGUAUUAGAACAAUAAAUGGGGUGACAUAUCCUAAUUUUAAAGGCACAUGCUAUGCUUUGGGAUUAUUAGACGAUGAUAAAGAGUGGAUAGAUUGCUUGACUGAAGCUGCAAUAUGGGCAACUGGAAAAGAAUUAAGACAUCUUUUCGUCACGAUACUCAUUCACUGUUAG